AUGUAUUCUUUUCCAAGACUUAGAGUUGGUUUGAUAUCGCAGGUACGCUCCUACCAAAUCCCUACUACCACAAGAAAGGUGAUUCCGGUUUAUCCUCCUGUGGAACAAAGACAAAAACCCAACCUUUUACAGACUUUAACAGAUGUGAAUCUAAAAAGUUUAGACCCACAGGGCUGGAAACGUCAAUUAGUAUCUAAGAACUCACGUCAAAGUCUAAGAGCUGGUGACGUGGUUCGUGUGGUUUAUGAUCAAUCCAAGUGUUCGCAUGAUAAUUUCGUCGGUUACGUGCUUAGCGUCAAUCGUAAGGAAUUGGUACAAGAUUCAUCCCUGCUAUUGAGAAAUCAAAUUUCCAAGACGGCUGUAGAGAUGAGAGUCCCAGUUUUCUCACCCUUAAUAGAAAGAAUUGAUCUGUUGAAGAAGACCGAUGGCAAGAGACAACGUAAUAGACACUACUACAUUAGAGGCACCAAGUUGGACGUUGGCGAUCUAGAAGCAGGUCUAAGGAAGAGAAAAUAA